UGUGCUCUAUUAACAUGCCCUCACCCAUUCAAUAGCCACAUUCUCCUACCCCUUUUUAUUAACUAAGAUUUAAUAGUUUUCGAAAUUGAUUUCUAACGCGAAAAACCGCCAAUGGAUCUAGAAUUAGGACUCAAGAUCACCCAUACCGUAGACGAUCAUGUCUCCUCUGCCGACUUUCGGAUUGCCAAGGAUAGAUCCGGUCCUCUUUUCGUGUCUAAGGAAACUGAAAGCAUGUUCAUCCUCACCGGCCAUCUUAAAGGUUAUAGAAAAGAGCGUGUGUGUAUUGACAUAAAUGAAGAUGGGACGCAGAUAGGCAUCAGUGGGGAGAAGCCAGUUCAAGAGAGGGUGAUGUCAGGAUGGAUAAUGCACAAGAAAGAGGUGGAGAUGAGGGGUUUCAGAAAAGUCUUUCGAAUUCCGGAUGGAGUGGUUUUGGAUCGAAUCAAGGCCAAGUUUAAUGUACACGAAUCAAGUCUCACGAUCAUCAUGCCAAAAUCAGUGAAGGGAAUUCGCGGGGUUGGGAUCGAGGAAGUGAAGGAAGAUGAAGUGGAUACAGGGAAACAGCAGCUCGCACAGCCUCCCGCGGCUGAAGAAGUCCCUGACAAAGGUGGUUUUAGGGGGAAAAUUGUGGGAGAAAUUGGUGAGACGGAGAAACCGAAAGUAGAAGAAAAUCGUCGAACUGAUGCAAAAGGGGUUGAUGAAGUCAUCGGAAAGGACACGAGAGGAAACACAGUUAAGGAAGAAGCUAAAGAUUCAAAGGCUCAAAGUACGCAACACAAAACAAAAUCUGUUUCCGAAAACAAUGGAGAGUCAAAAGUUGCAAAGGUAGAAGAAGCUGAUGUGCUUUUGAAAGAGAAAGUUGGAAGAAAGGAAUUGGAAACAGAUCAAACUGUAGCGAAUAGGGUUCGGAAGAGAGAAAGUGCUGAAGUAACACGUGAAGUUUACAAGCCUUCACAAGAAAAUCAGGUAGCUGCUAAGCAUGACACAACAGAAGAAAACUCUUCUGAGCUCCCAAAACUGGAAGCGCCAAAGCAGGGAUUGAGGAGCACGUUCGAAGCAGACGAGAGAGCGGCGAAUCAUCAAAGCAAGCAGAAGAUACAACAGCUACACAACAAGUAGCGCAAGUUCAACGCGAAAAGAAUGCGGAUGGAAUUCGUAGAGAAGGCGAUGCAGGUCAGCUACCAAAGCAAGAAUCCAUCAAAGAAGGUCAGGGAAGCGGAGUUCAAGAAAGAGCGAAGAACGAAGAACACAUCAAAGAGAAGGAAGAGGAUGAAUCUUCCGAAAUGGAGGAACAAAGUGAUGUGGAUGAUAAGAAAUCAAGUGAUGAUCAAGAGAAAGAAUGGAAAGGAAAAGUCUAAUCUGCUGUGCUCUCCUUUUAUAAUUGCAGGUUCAGCACUUAUUGUGUCCCUCGUGAUGCUAGCAAUCAACAAGAUUAGAACUAGAAAAAGAUAGCUUCUAAUCUGUGCGUAGAGUUAAGAGAGCUCAGACUCUCACUUCCUUGUUACAUUUAAUGUUCAAUUUUUUACUUAUUUUGAAUUAUAACUCAUGCAUUUGAGAUUGGGUAAAUAUCCGUGUCCAACGAUAUUCUAAGCGCAUCUCCUUCCUCAUUAGUGUAGAUAAUACCGUUCGUUCAAA